AGACCAGUGGGAUUACUAUACCAAGAUCGCACAAAAAACAGUUCACUUGAAUUGGGAUCCACCCAAUGAAUCACGGCAAACUAAAAGCGUACGCACGUGAGAUGGUUAUUCAUUUUCAGUCUAAGUAGUGCAUUAAACUUUAAAUCUUAGCACAUGGGGUCACGUAAUUACUAACUAAUUCCCUGUUCUCGAUUGCCUUGAUAUCAGUACUUAGAAUAUGCGAUUGAUGGGUCUUCACUGAUAUCGCUAUCUCCUGUAGGUGCAACACCCGUUUUUUAGUUGGCCAAUAAUGUGUAACAUACUUUUGAGUUGUAGUUCCCUUAAAGUAAGCUUUUAUUUCAAUUUAAGAGUAAGUACCGCCUUAAAAAGUUUUUUGAAUGAGUGCUCCUAUCGGGGAGCCGUGAUUAAUGAAAGCAAAACAUAUGUACUCAAAAGUAUUUCGGUAAUCAAGUGGCGUUCUGAUGAGUCCGAAGUGAUAACUCAUAAUCAGGCAUUACUUUAGAGAUUAACCAAUUGAGGGGCCAUAAAUCCCCAUUCAGGUGGAUGGACUGCGUCAGUGGUGCGAAUAGUUGACUCUGCAAAGCAUGCAACUCAGUACGAUUUCAGUUGUUCUGCUAAUCUUAGUGCAGCGAAGGUCGAUCUCUGGCCUGGAUCUGGGUCAUGGCAUCGGUGGCCGAAUCGCUGGCGGGGAGUUGGCCCGUGCCAAUCAGUUUCCCCAUCAAGUGGGACUGAGCAUUGAGGAGCCCAACGACAUGUUCUGCUGGUGUGGCGCUAGUCUGAUCUCCGAGAGAUAUCUGCUAACGGCAGCACACUGCGUUGAAAAGGCGGUUGCCAUCACCUACUACUUGGGUGGAGUGCUGCGACUUGCCCCUCGCCAGCUCAUUCGAGCGAGUAAUCCCGAUGUGCAGCUGCACCCUGAUUGGAAUUCCCAAACCUUGGAGAACGACAUUGCCCUGGUACGGUUACCCGAGGACGCCCUGCUCUGCGAUUCCAUAAGACCCAUCCGGUUGCCUGGAAUCUCAGCGAGCCGAAACAGCUACGAUUAUGUUCCGGCCAUCGCUUCCGGUUGGGGCCGCAUGAAUGACGAAUCUUCUGCAAUAUCCGAUACCCUGCGCUAUGUGUCCCGCUUUGUGGAGUCCAACGAAGACUGUGCAUACUCCUACGCGAACAUAAAACCCACCAACAUCUGCAUGGACACCACGGGAGGGAAGUCCACCUGCACCGGGGACUCUGGAGGACCUCUGGUCUACAACGAUCCUACGCAAAAUACGGAUGUUCUGAUCGGCGUUACUUCCUAUGGCAAAAAGUCGGGCUGCACUAAUGGAUACCCAUCGGUUUUCACACGCGUCACCGCCUAUUUGGACUGGAUAGGCGAGGUGAGCGGAGUUCUCUAUUCGUAGGAAUGGAGGAGCCUCGAUGGCUGAUCAAACAGUGCUGGGCACUGCAAUUAAAUUAAAUGUUGAGCAUUUUA